AAUAUCGUAAAAUAUUUUCUUAAAAGAUUUCAUUAGAUAAAGUCGAAUAAAGUCGUCAAUUUAAAUAUGAAACUGUACUAGUAGCCUUGAAUUUUAUCAAUUUUCCGGUAUUGCUAAAUAUAGUCGUCAAUGACUAAUUAAAUAAAUUACUUUCUAAUUGUUAAUAAGCAUUCAUCGUUAGAAUAAUACUAGUGUAACAUUAAAAUAUGAAUAAAUCAUUGAACAAACGCCGGAUCAUGGCAUUAAUUUUGUAUUUAUUUGUGAACAUAAAUAAAGUGAAUGGAAAAGCAGGAUUUGGUCCCGGUGAACAAGAUUGGGGGUAUGUACAAGUCAGACCGGGUGCUCAUAUGUUUUGGUGGCUCUAUUACGUCAAUCCUCCAGUCAAACCAGCGGUCUUUGACGUUUUUAGUAGACCGCUUUUGAUUUGGUUGCAAGGACAUCCGGGAGUUUCUGCUACUGGUUUUGGAAAUUUUGGAGAAGUUGGACCAUUCGAUUUAAACUUACAAGAACGUGAUCACACAUGGAUUAAUGACUUCAAUGUUUUAUUUAUUGACAAUUUGGGAACUGGUUUUAGUUAUCUAGAAAAUUUCUCAAAUUCUACGAGCGGUAAAGAAACAGCUCAAGAGCUCGUAGAAUUAAUGCGGGGAUUUUUUGAAGCCGUUCCUGAAUUUAAAAAUAUUCCCACUUAUAUUCUUGGGGAAUUUUAUAGCGGAAAAGUAGCCGUCGAAACAGCUUUUCUUUGGUACAAAAUUCAAGAACGCGGUGAUAUCGAGAGUAAUCUCAAAGGAGUAGCGACAGGAGAUUCAUUAAUUUCACCUGCAGAUACAGUAAUUUCCUAUGCACCUUUUCUAUUAAAUGCUGGUUUAGUAGAUCCUUUAGGUUUUAAAAAAAUAAAAAUAGUCGCUGACAAAACAAUAAAUGAAAUGAAUGUUGGUAACUGGAACAAUGCAUUAAAUCUUUGGGACUACACAUUAAAAAUGGCUUCCAACUACACUGGAAAAAUAAAUUUCAAAAGAUUAUUGAAACAAAAAGCUGUAAUAAAUACACUACUCUACUACAUCUCACAUGAAAAAUUACUAAGCGACUUAGAUGUUCAUAAAAAGUUGACGAUUAUUAUGAAUGGUAUCAAAGAGAGUUUGAAUCUUAAUGUUACGUGGUCUUACACACCACUUGCUGCCAUCGAUUUUCCUAAAGACUUCACAAAACCAAUCAACAAAAUCGUGGAACGAUUACUCGACGAAACGAAUUUACGAGUUGUCGUGUGGUCAGGAAAAUUUAAUUCUAUUGCGGUGACACCUGGGACACUUGUAUGGGUGGAAAAACUCAAAUGGAAAUACUCAGAAGCUUGGAGGAAUUCAAAAACAAACCCAUUAGUCAUUGAUAAUAUUAUUGAAGGCUGCUAUAAAGAGUUUAAUAACUUCAAAAUAUUUUUGAUCAAACACAAUAGUCACACGGUAUAUAAACUAUUAUGA